GCGCUGCACGCGGGGCCACCUGGGGCGCCGCGCACCUCGCUUUGGGGGCCUGCGGGGCACACCGGGGUAGAUGGUAGCCAUGAGGGCGGCCGCGCUGGCCCUGCUGCUGGGGGCGCUGCACGGGGCACCGGUGCACGCCCAGGAGUACGACUACUACGGCUGGCAGGCCGAGCCGCUGCACGGCCGCUCCUACUCCAAGCCGCCGCAGUGCCUCGACAUCCCCGCCGACCUGCCGCUCUGCCACACGGUGGGCUACAAGCGCAUGCGGCUGCCCAACCUGCUGGAGCACGAGAGCCUGGCCGAGGUGAAGCAGCAGGCAAGCAGCUGGCUGCCCCUGCUGGCCAAGCGCUGCCACUCGGACACGCAGGUCUUCCUGUGCUCGCUCUUCGCGCCCGUCUGCCUGGACCGGCCCAUCUACCCGUGCCGCUCGCUGUGCGAGGCCGUGCGCGCCGGCUGCGCGCCGCUCAUGGAAGCCUACGGCUUCCCCUGGCCCGAGAUGCUGCACUGCCACAAGUUCCCCCUGGACAACGACCUGUGCAUCGCUGUGCAGUUCGGGCACCUGCCCGCCACCGCGCCUCCAGUGACCAAGAUCUGCGCCCAGUGUGAGAUGGAGCACAACGCUGAUGGCCUCAUGGAGCAGAUGUGCUCCAGCGACUUCGUGGUCAAAAUGCGCAUCAAGGAGAUCAAACGAGAGAAUGGAGACCGGAAGUUAAUUGGAGCCCAGAAGAAGAAAAAGCUGCUGAAGCCAGGCCCCCUGAAGCGCAAGGAUACUAAGAGACUGGUCCUGCACAUGAAAAAUGGAGCAAGCUGUCCCUGCCCACAGCUGGACAGCCUGACAGGAAGCUUCCUGGUCAUGGGCCGCAAAGUAGAUGGACAGCUACUGCUCAUGGCUGUCUAUCGCUGGGACAAGAAAAAUAAGGAGAUGAAGUUUGCUGUCAAAUUCAUGUUCUCCUAUCCCUGCUCCCUCUACUACCCCUUCUUCUAUGGGGCUGCAGAAUCCCACUGAAGGGCCCUCCUCCUCUAGCCCCACCCAACUGUGCCUUGCCCUCUGUUCCUGCCCACCUAGCCUUGCCCCCACUCCCAGGCUGACCCAGCCCCCCCACCCCCUGGUGGCAGGUGGCUCUGAGCGGUUGCUACUGGCACAGACUCCAAGGGAUGUACAGGAGCCUAGAGUUGGCCUCCUUGCCCAAGGGGUCCUGGAUUCCCUGGGGACCUGGGCAUUUUCUCUCUCAGGAGAAGGGCUUCUCUCCUGGGGAAAGCCCCAGGGUCUCAGAAAGUGGUCAGGGGGAGCCAAGAGUGAGGAAAGGAUUCAGAGGCUUGGGGCAGUCUGAGGAGUGUCCAGAGUAGACAGUGGUGUCGUCUGCUCUCUGAGGGUGGUGGACUUUUGCUUUUGAGAGGGUCUGUGUCAGGCUGAGUUGCUUGGGGGCAGUUUUCCUUCCUGAGUCCUCAUUACAGCCUUCCAAGGAAUAGGAGUUAGGGUUCCAAUGCCUUCCAGCUGCACCCCUCUUUCCUUUCUAGCCCAGUUCUCUACCCCAGGCCUCACGCCCACUGUAUUACAGAUCAGGCCCAGCCCAGCCUCUACAGACUCCCUUCCCUGGGCUCAUUCCUCAGCCUCGGCUCCCCCUCUGACCCUGACCAUAACUUAUUGCUCCUGCUGUGAGGCCAUAGGCUCUAGACCAUAGAUGCAGGCAGGAUUUUGUUCCUAAUUUUUUAUUAAGUUUUUAAUUAAAUCAAAGAAAACAACAGUUGAUUUGAACCAGGUGAUUUUUUUUUUUUUUUACAGCUAGUUCUGGAAAGGAUGGCAGUGAGGGAGGUUUAGACACUUUCAGUAAGAGACCCUUGCUCUACCCCACAAUCUGGCCACACAGACCAGCAGAAAAGCACUGCUUGUGUGGCUUCCCAAGAGCACAUGGCAAGGGUCAUCCUUGCAUCCCAACCACU